AUGGGCAAGAUAAUUUUCUAUGAGGACAGGAACUUCCAGGGCCGCUCUUAUGAGUGCAGCUCUGACUGCUCUGAUCUGAACUCAUAUUUCAGUCGCUGCAAUUCCAUCCGUGUAGAGAAUGGAAACUGGAUGUUGUAUGAACGUCCCAACUACACUGGACACCAGUACUUCCUGAGAAGGGGUGAAUAUCCUGACUUCCAGCAGUGGAUGGGAUUAAAUGAUUCCAUAAGGUCUUGUCGCAUUAUUCCUCAGCAUCGUGGAUCCUUUAGAUUGAGGAUCUAUGAAAGGGAAGAAUUCAGGGGCCAGAUGAUGGAGUUCAUUGAAGACUGCCCUCAAGUCCAUGAAGAAUUCAAUUAUCACGACAUUCACUCCUGCAAUGUCCUUGAAGGGCACUGGAUCUUCUAUGAGCAGCCAAACUACAGAGGACGACAGUAUUACCUGAGGCCAGGAGAGUACAGGAGAUAUACUGAAUGGGGAGCUGUAACCCCAAGAGUUGGUUCUUUCAGGAGAGUUCAGGAUUUAUUUUAA